GUUAGGGGUUGGUUGGGGGUUGGUUAGCAGCUUCUCCAGGGGAACUCAACCUGUAGUCCUCCAGGACCUAUUGUGUCUUGGCCCCCAACCAGCUGGAAAGGGUGGAACAUGAGGUGUCCAAUAGCCACCCUGGAGGAAAGGACUCCCCAAGACUCAUUAAACAAUCACGAUUCUAUUUUGAUGCCAUCAACUAGAGGUCCUGAGAUAAAUUUCAGCCCAACUCUUACAGAUGGUUGAUUAUGGAGCCUUCACUGUGCAGAGGGCAUCAUUCCAGGUCAAGCUCUGGUGAAGCAGGGCUGGGAGAGGUAACCAGGGAAGUGGGGGGAAGAAGAGUGCUUUUUGCCUUGCUCACACUUGUGGACUGAGUCUGGGCACCGUGAGGAGGUGCUGGCGGCCUGGCCCUGGGAUUUCACCCCGGGUAUGGGCGACGCUGGCCUGAGGGUUGCGCACUGGAGAGAGUGAAGGGAAGAAGAAAAGGGCAAGGUUUGAGAGGAAAUGGCGGGGUGAGGUAAAGACAGAGAAAUACAGACAUGGAGAGAGUCAGAAAUCCUGAAAGAGACAGAAAGGUAGAAAGAUGCGGCCGAAGGACAGGCACAGAGCACAAGAAAGAGAAAGGAGAUAAAAAGACGAUACCGAAAAGAGAGACAGCAAGGGAGAAAGGGAGAAAGACAGCGAAAGUCAGAGAGAAGAGGCCGAGAGUGGGAGACGCUGGUUGGUAGGAGGUGUCAGGAACGAGGGAGGUGGCGAAGGCUCAAGGCAUCCACCGGAGUCCCCCCUCCACCCCACUCUUCCUCUCACUCGCCCAGCCCUCGGCGAGGAGUCGAACGCGCAAGGUCGCCCAGUCCUCUCAGCUGUCGCGCGCUGAAUGGCUGGCGGUCCGCAGCGCCCCCGCAUCGCGCCCCGCAGCCACAGGUCGGUGGUGCCCCGCGUCGGCGCCCGAGGCGGGCUGGGGGGACCUGCACCCGCCUGCUCCCGUUCCUGCCCUACGCACCGCCCCACCACGCUCCCGGUUACUCCUCUGGCUGUCGCAGUUCUCCUCACGCCCCCCGGGGACUGGGCGCUGGGGCCACCAGAGACACCGUAGGAGCCACUUCUCCCUGCGAGUCCGGCCCUCCGAGAGCCUGGGAGCGGGAUCUAUUUACUCGGGGUGUUAAUUAGUCUCUGAGGAAUCGUUGACCCACUCGCCAAUGUAAUUGCCAGUGUCGGGAAGGUAGGCGCCGCGAGCUGCGGACCUACGGAGAAAGAACGGCUUCGUCGGCGCCCCGAACCCCAGCGCGCUCCAGAGCGUCCCCCAGUGGCCGGGCAGGACCGUGCACUGGGCCUGCGACUCGGCUCUGGAGUGGUUCCUUGGCUUCCCAGUGUCGCGGUAGACGUGCAGCUACUCGGUGCGCCGGGAGCCUUCAGGUCUUGCCACCUCACCCCUCCCUCAGAAACUCGGACCGUUUGCGCCCGCCGUGUGGCUCUUUUCUUCCGAAAGGCCAGUGUUCCUCUCUCGAGUUCAAGUCCAGUCUCCUCCCCUUAAGUCAUUGCCACCAUCCUUUGGCAGCUUGGGAAGGCAAGGAGCCCCGGGGCUGCGCGUCCCAGAGCCUGCGCUGGCAGUCCCAGUCUGUCCGGCACAUUCGCUUCUCCCUCCCUCUCUCACUCCCUCCCUUUCUCUCUUCCUCUCUUUUCUCCUCUGCUUCCCCCUCCCUCUCUUGCCUCUUAAGUUUCCUGCACCGUGAAUCAAACUGUGCCGAGCCUAGGCUCCCACGGAACCAAGCCUGAGCGCCACCCGGGCACUGAGACGCGGACUCCGCCGAGGCUGAACGAGGCAGCGGGACCGGUCCGCGCCUGAGCAUGGAGAUGAAGCGCCAGGGAGGGCAUGUCCGGGGCGCCGGAGACCCCAGGCCCGAGUAGCUCCUCCAUGGAGCCUGCCCAGAGCGGUCCCUGCUCGCCGAAUUCGCCCCCAGUCCUGUGCGGCUGCUGAGAGCGCUCCUUGCUCUGUAAAGUGGAUGUCAGGUGGAUCUAUGUUUUUGAAGGAACAAAGACUCAGCGAAAGCACCGCCGAGGAAGUUUGAGACGCGGGAGGAUGCAGGCUGCGUGCUGGUACGUGCUUCUCCUCCUGCAGCCCACCGUCUACUUGGUCACAUGUGCCAAUUUAACGAAUGGUGGGAAGUCAGAACUUCUAAAAUCAGGAAGCAGCAAAUCCACACUAAAGCACAUAUGGACAGAAAGCAGCAAAGACUUGUCUAUCAGCCGACUUCUGUCACAGACUUUUCGUGGCAAAGAAAAUGAUACAGAUGUAGACCUGCGAUAUGACACCCCAGAACCUUAUUCUGAGCAAGACCUUUGGGACUGGCUGAGGAACUCCACAGACCAACAAGAGCCUCGGCCCAGGGCCAAGCGAAGGCCCAUUGUUAAGACGGGCAAGUUUAAGAAAAUGUUUGGAUGGGGUGAUUUUCAUUCCAACAUCAAAACAGUGAAGCUAAACCUGUUGAUAACUGGGAAAAUUGUAGAUCACGGCAAUGGGACAUUUAGUGUUUAUUUCAGGCAUAACUCCACUGGUCAAGGGAAUGUAUCUGUCAGCUUGGUGCCCCCUACAAAAAUAGUGGAAUUCGACUUGGCACAACAAACCGUGAUUGAUGCCAAAGAUUCCAAGUCCUUUAACUGUCGCAUUGAAUAUGAGAAGGUUGACAAGGCUACCAAGAACACACUCUGCAACUAUGAUCCUUCAAAAACCUGUUACCAGGAGCAGACCCAAAGUCAUGUAUCCUGGCUCUGCUCCAAGCCCUUCAAGGUGAUCUGUAUUUACAUUUCCUUUUAUAGUACAGAUUAUAAACUAGUACAGAAAGUGUGCCCCGACUACAACUACCACAGUGACACACCUUACUUCCCCUCCGGAUGAGGAUGGACAUGGGUGAGACUGAAGCCUGAGGAACUAAAGGUCAUAUGACAGGGCUGUUACCUCAAAGAGGAAGGUCACAUCUGUUGCCUGGAAUGUGUCUACACUGCUGCUCUCGUCAACUGGCUGCAAAGACGCUAGUGGAAAACAAUCCGAUGUAAUUUCUGCCCAGUCAGCUUCAUCUCUCAGCAUAGUUGUAAAUCACUACAGGUUUUAAAGGCACACUUGAAGACAUACUCUCACACAUAGAUAUACACAAACACACGUUCAUAUACAUUUCAGCUUGCAUCUGUCAUGAUUGCUGUCAGGAGGGCUUUCGUUAUCUGACUCAUAAUGGUUCAGGAUAAACUAUCAUCAAGCAAAAGGAUUAACUAGACAGUGAAUGGUUUCUAACACUUGCUGUUAUGGAAAUCUCUUUUAAAGUCUUGAGUACAUGCUAAUCAAUAAUCCCCACUCAUGCAUUCCUACUGCUUGGAGUAGCUGUACUGGUAAAUACUACUGUAGGAAUAUAUGCUUGUUCAAAUGGAAAAAAAAAAUGUGUCUUUAGAGCUCAGUAUUCUUUAUUUUAUGAACACAACAAAGUGUAGUAACUUUUUUCCAGCAUACAGUAGGCACAUUCAAGGUAAUAUAAGAUGGCUCUUUUUUUUUUUUUUUUUCUAUGGAGGGAGCCUGUUUUCAGUAAAGAUGAGCAAACAUUUGGAAUUUACAUGUGGGCAGACAUUGGAUUACAGCUUUCAUCACCAGUCUUUGGACUUUCGCAAAGUUGAGACCAACUAAGGCUGCUUAAAACAAGUUCUGAUCAUUAUAUAAGAAGGGAAAUGCCUGACAGACACCAUGUAAGUUAUAAGUGUCUGUCUUAUCUUUACUACACAUAUUGUAACAAAUUCAAUAUCCUAGUCUUCAUUUGUAUGAAUGGUUUGUAUUGUACAUAGUUUAACCAAGUGUUAUUUGAGCUGCUUAUUAAUAUUAACUUGUACUUGUCUCUCUGCUUGUUAUUGGUUAAAAAAGAAAAAAAAAAAGGAUAUGAGGAAUCCAUUUUAUCAAUGUAGCUGUGACCUCCAUUAAAAAGACAAACUUAAUGUACAAAGCAUUUAUUCAGCUCAAGUAUUGUUGAAAGCUAUACAUAUACAACAUUACAGUCUGUCUGUAUUUAGAUAUUUUAUUUCUGGACAAAAUGAAAUGUACAUAAAAAUAAAAUGCUUAAAGUUGAGUUUCAAUAUGUGCUUGUGUAAGAUGGUGAUUUAAAUGGUUCUGACAGGAAGAAUGUGCUGGAAUACAGUAAUGGUUUUGCAUCUGAUGUCUCUAAAUUUGUGCAGAACUAUCUAAAUUGCUAUUAGUUGCCCAGUCAAAACAAGUUAGGAGUUUCAGUCUCAAGCCUGGCAAACAGUUGUGGCAUACAGCAUUGCACACAUUUUUGGUUUACUGUCGUGCUAGUUAAUUCAAGAAUACCAAAUAUCAAUGAGCAUAAGAGAUGAUUGAGGUCUCCUAAAUGAUUAUAGCUGUUUUUUUUUUUUUUCCCUGUGUAGAGUCUUUAUUUAACAGGGAGAUUGAGAAGAAGGUAAUUUUUUUUUCUUUAAAAGAAAGUCAAGAUGUCUGAAGAAGUGUGGCUGGCUUUCCCUGAUUCUACUGUUAUCAUUCAACUCAACUGAGAAAAUUACAAUAGCAGUGAGAAGGCUUAGGUGUUCAAUUUACUUAUACCAAAUUGGAUCAAUUUAUUUAUAUAGCAUUGUUUAUGGACAUUAAACUUUCUUUUAAAAAAAAUUACUGUAUAUAAUCCCAGCGAAAUAAACAGAAGAAGAAAUAUGUAAGGUAACCCAUUUUUAAAGUCACAAAUGAGGGAUUGGGAUAUUAAGAGUCUCAAAGGUUAACCAAAGAAGCCAAAUUAAAACACUAACCCAUUUUCAUCUUCCCUUCAUGCUGCAUAAGGAUAAGUAUGUUCUCAUAUAGAAAAUAAUAGAAGUACUAUAGGGAACACAAGACCACAGAGUUCUAAAGUGAGGACUCAGCAACAGAUUUGACUAAAGAAAGCCUUCAACUGCAAGUCAAAGACACAUCAUUCCAUUUAAUGUCCAUCUCUCAAAAUCCUCCGAUGUAUCUUGACAACCAUUUCUAUCAAUGCAUUAAUUAAUUUGCCGUGGAAUUUAGAAGCUAAUGUUAGAACAGACUCUAUCUGGCACAACAGGCAAUAAAUGCAUCAUGAAUUCUAACUGUGGGACAAAUUUGCCACAGAUAAAUCUUGUUAUUCUGGGAUUUAUUUAUCACAAUGAUCACUUAGGAGUUAGUUGCUCUUAGCAAAAAGAGGACUAAAUGAGAAAGAGAAAAUCAUUAAAAAAAUUUUUAGGA